AUGAAAUGGCAUCACAUGGAACAUGAAGCUAGAAGCCUAUUGGAUGUAUACUCAGGGCUGUUAAGUAAUCAAUCCGUGAUCCUGGCCAUGAACUCCAGCUUUGUGGACCCCUUACGGCAGUUUGAAUCUCAGUUGAAGAAAAUACAAUCAUCCUUUAGAAUGCUAGUUGCCAUGCCAAGUCUUGACAAAGUAAAAGAAAUGGGGAGCAGCAAUGAGGACAUUGAGGACCUGGAGAAUUUAUACCAAAAUAUUUUAAAUAUAUUUGAGUACAGUCUUCUGAACUUAGUAUCUACAGACUUCUACAAACUACAGAUCUUAAAGGAAAUGCUCGUGUGGAUGAGUGAAGAUAGCUCAUACCUGCAAGGCAGAAUAAUGAUGAUCAUCAAUAGGGUGUUAAGAUUUGCAGCCUGGAAAGCCAGAGGACAUACAAGUGUUGAUGCUCCAUGUUUGGGUGUCCUGGCAGCAGAGCUGUCUCUUUUGUGUUCCCAUGAUAAUUCCUCAAUUGCACAACAAGCAUCAUUGGGAAUGUGUCAUCUCUUUGACAUUGCAAAAUGUCAGCAUGGGGAUAUUGGAGAAAGCAACUCUACAGACAGUAAAGGUAAUAGCGUCCUGUUUUCUUCUAAUGUAGAAUUUCUUGCCAAGAAGUUUCGACAUGACAAACAUGAAAUUGCUCAGACAGUAGGACAAACCUUACUGCCUUCCUUGCUGACUGACUUCGUGCGGAGUCUCCUGAUGAAACUCUCUUCACCUGAUGAUAAAAUUGCAUCUAAGGCAGCAUCCAUACUGACACUGACUCUAACAUUUCAUUCUGAGAAGGUCACCAUGGUGUCUAAGAUCGUGGAUGCUAUUUAUAAGCAAUUGUGUGAAAAUUGUUUUCACAACAUGAAGUGUGAUAUGUUGGGGGUUAUCACUUUGUUGACACGUACUUCACCCAAGAAGGUCAUCUUUCAACUUAUGGACUACCCAGUUCCAGCAGAUGACACUCUGAUACAGAUGUGGCAGGCGGCAGGUUCUGAGGCGACCCCGGCCCCUCGCGUACUGAAGACAAUCUUACUGAUACUGAAAGGAAAGCCUGGGGAAAUGGAGGACAGCCUAACAGAAAAAAAACGUUUCUCUCUUGAUGCUACCAACAUGAUGCCUUUGGCGGCAUCCCAGGCCCUAUGCACCUUUCUGCCUCUUGGUUCCUACAAGAAAGCGGUGGUCCAGUUUUUCCCCCAGCUCUUGAUGGCCCUUAUGUUCCAAGUCUCCUACAGCAGUGAGCUGAGCCUGAUGCUCAAGGACAGGACUUUAUAUGCCCAGGAUGCCCUGAGAGUUCUGCUGAAUUGUUCUGGACUACAACAAGUGGAUAUCAUUCUAACGAAAAAUAGUUUCUGGGACCAUCUAUCUGAAGAGCUGUAUCACCGUUACAGAGUCUACCUUCUUGCAAAAACUCUCAGUGACUGUAACUUUCCACAGUUUCCAGAGACACUGCAUUAUCUCUAUAAGCUCUCAGUAGAAGGUCCUAGAAGGUCAGAAGACAGUCUUAUGAUAGUAAUAUUCCUCACUGAAGUGAGUUUUAUAGACUGUGAAUAG